AUGGCUAGAAGGAACCAAUCUCACAUCUCAGAGUUCCUCCUCCUGGGCCUGCCCAUCCCACCACAGCACCAGCACCUGUUCUAUGCCCUGUUCCUGGCCAUGUACCUCACCACCGUCCUGGGGAACCUUCUCAUCAUUGUCCUUAUUCGACUGGACUCCCAACUCCACACAGCCAUGUAUUUGUUUCUCAGCAACUUGUCCUUUGCUGACCUCUGCUUUUCCUCUGUCACGGUGCCCAAAUUGCUGCAGAACAUGCAGAAUGAGGUGCCAUCCAUCCCCUAUGCAGAAUGCCUGACACAAAUAUACUUUUUUCUGUUUUUUGGAGACCUUGGGAACUUCCUUCUUGUGGCCAUGGCCUAUGACCGCUACGUGGCUAUCUGCUUACCCCUGCACUACACCAGCAUCAUGAACCCCAAACUCUGUGUGGGACUAGUGGUGCUGUCCUGGGUUCUGACCACAGUCCAUGCCAUGUUGCACACUCUGCUCAUGGCCAAAUUGUCCUUCUGUGCAAACAAUGUGAUUCCUCACUUUUUCUGUGAUAUGUCUACUCUACUGAAGCUGGCUUGCUCUAACACUCAUGAUAAUAACUUGGCAAUAAUCAUCUUAGGAGGCCCCAUAGUUGUCCUCCCAUUCCUUCUUAUCGUUAUUUCCUAUACACGAAUCUUUGCCUCCAUCUUCAAGGUCCCUUCUGUUCGAGGUAUCCGUAAAGCCUUCUCCACAUGUGGUUCCCACCUGUUUGUGGUGUCACUGUUCUAUGGGACAGUAAUUGGUCUCUACUUAUGUCCAUCAGCUAAUAAUUCUACUGUGAAAGAGACUGUCAUGGCUUUGAUGUACACAGUGGUGACUCCCAUGCUGAACCCCUUCAUCUACAGCCUGAGGAACAGAGACAUGAAGGGAGCCCUAGAAAGAGUCAUUUACAGAAAGCAAAUUCCCUCCUUCUUAUGA